CCGACAGUGAAGGACGCAGAGCGAGGAGGAGGAGGAGCACACCAGGAAUAAUCAAAGAAGAAAGAGCAUCCCUCGUUUUCUCUUCCUCUCUUUGUGCUGUGGGAUAAAAAGACAAACAGCAGCUGGAGGUAAAAAAGAAGAAGGAGAAGAAGAAGAAGGUGUUGGAGGUGUCAUUGCGUCUGCGUCUGUGUGUGUGUGUGUGCGCACCUGUGCGUGUUUGUGCUGUUAGUUUUACCGUGAGGACUCGUCUCUCAGGUGGAUUUGGAGUAAAGCUGGGAUUCUGAUCACGAGGAGUUGCUUGCUGCUGUUUUGUCUGUUGCACCUCCUUUAUUCCUCUCCCUCUCUCUCUGCUCUGCUCGCUCACUCACUCAGUCACUCGGUCGAGGGACUACUGCUCUGCUCCCUCUCCCUCUCUCCUCUUCCUGCCUCACUCUCCUCCAGCCGGCUCUGCUGUAACUGUGCCGGCACUACGGCUGCUGCUCGCUAGCUCGCCCACGGAGAGGAGAAGCAGAUGGAUCUCUUUCGAUCUUUUGUGGGGAGUCAACAUACAUCAAAUCCCAGGAUGCAACAGGUGUGACCCCCGCUGACUGUCCAUCCCUGAAGCCGUCCGUCACCCUCGGCUAAUCGACACAUCCUGCUCUGAGGCGCCUCAUCAGCCCGGAGUCUGAGCGGCCUCGACCCUGCAGCACCGAGGACACCGCAGAGAAGAAAAGGAUUACUUUGAGAAAGUCCUGGAAGAGCUGGACUAAACGUGACCUCUGACCCCGCUGGAUGUAAUUUGAGAAAAUCUACCUGAAAGGAUGUGUUCCGCGAGGAGGUGACGUGCUGCUCGUCCUGUCAUGUAGCUGAUACGACCUGCAGAAACCUCCAGCAAACUUUUCCCCCACAUGUGGCCAUUUUUAACAAGCUGAGAGUUUCUGUGUGUACUGACACACACACAAAGACAAACACACAGAGACACACUAGAUGAGCUGAGCGAGGACUUCUAAAGUGCCACCAGGUUAUUAUCAGCUGCAGCGCUUCCUAUUUUCCUCUUUAAUCUUUGUAUUCUGAGUAAUCAUCUUUUUAAUUAAUGGCGACGGUGGCGUGAAAUCUUCCCUCGACAACUCCUCCGCCACCACCUCCCUUCCCUCGCCACUCUCUCACCGCCGCCAGAGACACCUGAAACCAAUUAGCAGCAGCAGAUAUAGACGGGGAUUAGACACAGGAAGAGCAGCAGAGAUUAGAUUCACACACAAAGAGGGAGAAAAGGGGGGAAAAAAAGGCGCCAUAGGACAAGGAGGGCGGGGCUUAAGAAAACCUGUCAGUCAUUCAGCGUGAUCGAUAGGAGGGAGGAGAAGAGGGCGGUGCUGCAGGGAGGAAAUGGCGAGCUCAGGGCGGCCGCACACUGCAGAGAUUACUAGUUGUGAGUCAGCAGGUAACUGUAGGAGCCCUGAGUCUUGACUGACAGGCACCCAGCCGCUGAGGACUCCAUUGUUAUUCCUCGCACUGUGCAGGAGAGAGAAAGUGUUGGCCGGACGCCACCAUCAGGGCCAAUUAAGGGGAUUUGAUUAUAUGCCUUAAUCUCUGCAGUCAGGUGUAAAAAGCAGACAGGAAGAGAAAGAGGAAGGCAGAGCAGGUGCCAGCGAUACACACCAUUAUCUCCAGCCGUCCGCCUGUGAUUGAGUUUGUUUCUGGCCCAGUCGUGUUCAUUCCUUUCUUCAUCUCGAGAGGCCCGUGGAGGCGGGAGCAGGCGAGAAAAAGGGGGGCAAGGCAGGCAGUGAAAGGCCCUAUGUUCUGUGUCAAGAGUUAAUUCUUCACAUUCAUAUUUAGCGACUGCAUAAUUCUCUCCCUGCGUCGAGGCUUGAACACAGAUUUACUACCUUCUCUUUCCCACGAUUUCAUCUCCUCCUCAGUCCUGCCGCCAGAUUUUCUUUUGACUCGUAGCCUCGACAUUUUCAUCGUCAAAGUUGAGAAAGAGACUCAAAGACAAAAAAAAACAUCAAAUCCAGAGACAGCAAGAGAUCGAAUCUGGAGAGGAGAGAGCGCAGACUUUCCCCAAAGCUUCUCCUCCUUGGAGUUUUUCCCCCCCCUCAUCAUUCCUCCUUGUGGAUGGUAUAUUCUGCGCUUGUGCGUGUCUGUUUGGGCUCCUGCCGAGAUUAAACUGGCUUCCAUCGUCCCGGGGAAUCGUUUGAAAUCGGCUCCUGGUGUCGUCAUCUUCAUUCUGUGGCGGUACAGGCGGCCAGCAGACCAUUCUCCAUGAGGAGCAGUGGAAGAUGCCGGCUCUGCCAGCACUGCUGCUGUCGAUUUACGUCGUCGUCCUGCUGCUGACCAUGGCACCGCUCUCCUUCAGCCAGGCCAACACCCUCUCUGCCGUCCGCAUGGCGGCCAUUUUGGAUGACCAGUCAACGUGCGGUCGUGGUGAGCGUCUGGCGCUGGCCUUGGCGAGGGAGAACAUCAACAGUCUGAUGGAGGGCCCCUCAGAGGCGAGGGUGGAGGUGGACGUCUACGAGCUGACAAAGGACUCCCAGUACGACACUACAGAAACCAUGUGUCAGAUACUUCCAAAGGGCGUGGUCUCUGUGAUUGGCCCCGCCUCCAGCCCCGCCUCCGGUUCCACCAUCAGUCACAUCUGUGGGGAGAAAGAGAUUCCUCACGUGAAGAUCGGUCCCGAGGAGACGCCGAAGCUGCCGUACCUCCGCUUCGCCUCGGUGACUCUGUACCCGAGUAACGAGGACCUGAGCCUGGCCAUCGGCUCCAUCCUGCGCUCCUUCGGCUACCCGACGGCCAGCCUCGUCUGUGCCAAAGCAGAGUGUCUGCUGCGAUUGGAGGAGCUCGUGCACCGCUUCCUCAUCUCCAGGGAGACGCUGUCGGUUCGAAUGCUGGACGACAGUUUGGACCCGACCCCCCUGCUGAAGGAGAUCCGUGACGAUAAAGUGGCGACCAUCAUCAUCGACGCCAACGCCUCCAUCUCCUACCACAUCCUCAGGAAGGCCAGUGAGCUGGGGAUGACAUCAGCCUUCUACAAGUACAUCCUCACCACCAUGGACUUCCCUCUGCUCCGGCUGGACGACGUGGUGGACGGCCAGUCGAACAUCCUGGGCUUCUCCAUGCUGAACAGCACUCAUUCCUUCUACCUGGAGUUCCUCAGGAGCCUCAACCUGUCCUGGAGGGAAGGCUGCAACAUCAGCCCGUACCCGGGGCCAGCGCUGUCAUCGGCGCUGAUGUUCGAUGCGGUUCAUGUUGUGGUGAGCGCCGUGCGAGAGCUGAACCGCAGUCAGGAGAUCGGAGUGAAGCCGCUGAGCUGCACCUCCCCACUGAUCUGGCAGCACGGAACCAGCCUCAUGAACUACCUGAGGAUGGUGGAGUACGACGGUCUGACGGGUCACAUCGAGUUCAACAGCAAAGGCCAGAGGACAAAUUACACCCUGAAGAUCCUGGAGAAGCACCCCGGGGGCCAUAAAGAGAUUGGUACCUGGUACUCCAACAACACGUUGAUCAUGAACUCAACUUCUCUGGACCUCAACGCCUCAGAGACGCUGGCUAACAAGACGCUAAUUGUCACCACAAUCCUGGAGAACCCGUACGUGAUGCGAAAGUCAAACUACCAGGACUACCGGGGAAACGAUCAGUACGAGGGUUUCUGCGUGGACAUGCUGCGGGAGCUGGCCGACAUCUUGAAGUUCUCCUUCAAGAUCAAGCUGGUGGACGACGGGCUGUACGGAGCGCCGGAGCCCAACGGCAGCUGGACGGGGAUGGUGGGAGAGCUGAUCAACAGGAAAGCCGACCUGGCCGUCGCUGGUUUCACCAUCACCUCGGAGAGAGAGAAAGUCAUCGACUUCUCCAAACCCUUCAUGACUCUGGGGAUCAGCAUCCUGUACCGGGUCCACCUGGGCCGUAAACCGGGUUACUUCUCCUUCCUGGAUCCCUUCUCUCCGGCUGUCUGGCUGUUCAUGCUGCUGGCGUACCUCGCCGUCAGCUGCGUCCUCUUCCUCGCCGCCAGACUCAGCCCCUACGAGUGGUACAACCCUCACCCGUGCCUGCGGGAGCGGCGGGAUGUCCUGGAGAAUCAGUACACGUUGGGGAACAGUCUGUGGUUCCCAGUGGGCGGCUUCAUGCAGCAGGGAUCAGAGAUCAUGCCCCGCGCUCUGUCAACACGCUGCGUCAGCGGAGUCUGGUGGGCCUUCACCCUCAUCAUCAUCUCGUCCUACACGGCCCUGGCGGCCUUCCUCACCGUCCAGAGGAUGGAGGCCCCUAUCGAGUCUCCGGACGACCUGGCUGACCAGACUAACAUCCAGUACGGGACGAUCCACGGAGGGUCCACCAUGACCUUCUUCAUGAACUCGCGGUACCAGACGUACCAGCGGAUGUGGAACUACAUGUACUCCAAGCAGCCCAGCGUGUUCGUGAAGAGUACCGAGGAGGGCAUCGCCCGCGUCCUCAACUCCAAGUACGCCUUCCUGAUGGAGAGCACCAUGAACGAGUACUACCGCAGCCUGAACUGCAACCUGACGCAGAUCGGAGGGCUGCUGGACACCAAAGGAUACGGCAUCGGCAUGCCUCUGGGCUCUCCGUUCAGAGACGAGAUCACUCUGGGGAUCUUGCAGCUGCAGGAGAACAACAGGCUGGAGAUCCUGAAGAGACGCUGGUGGGAGGGAGGACAGUGUCCCAAAGAGGAGGACCACCGGGCCAAAGGUCUCGGUAUGGAGAACAUCGGUGGGAUUUUCGUGGUGCUGAUCUGCGGCCUCAUCAUCGCCGUCUUUGUGGCCAUCAUGGAGUUUGUGUGGUCGACGCGGCGCACUGCAGAGACGGACGAGGUAAACCUUCAUCAUCACCCUCCUACUCCUCCUCCUCUUCCUCUCUCGUCCUCCUCCUCCUGCCCCGCCCCCGGCCUCAGCAUCAGCUCAAACUCCUCAGUGUCCGUCUGUCAGGAGAUGCUCACAGAGUUUAGAAACGCCGUCUCCUGUAAGAAGAGUUCUCGUUCUCGCCGCCGUCGCCCUCUGAGCAGCGCCGGGGGCGGAGUUCUACGACAUCCGUCCCGUCUGGCUCUUGCCGCCCCUCGCCCAAUCCGUCUGGUCCGUGACAUGCGUCUGAGCAACGGCAAACUGUACAGCGGUGCUGGUCCUCUGACGGGGGGCCCGCCGGGGCUGGGACUUGGAGGAGGUCAUGACUUGGGCCCGGGGCCACAGAGGCUCCUGGAGGACCCGCUUGGCGCCAACGCCACAAACAAUCCAGCAUCAGCCCUGGUGGCCCCGCCUGCCCUGCCCCGCAGCUUCCUUCAGGGAUGCAGCCACGUGAGGAUCUGUCAGGAGUGCCGGCGGAUUCAGAGCCUACGGCCAGCCACACUGACCCCUCCCCCUCCUCCUCCUCCCUCCUCUUCCUCCUCAGCCUCCUCCUGCUCCCGGGUCCCUCAGUCAGGCCCGACGCCAGGUCACCACCGCCACAACCCCCACCACCUUCUCCACUACCAUCAUGGCUCCAUGUCUCUGCCCCGCCUCCCCCCGCCGCCUCCUCCAAUCCCAGCAGACAGAGCCGACAGUGACGGGGGAGGGGGGGCAGGGAGUCCACGACGAACCAACACCAAACCACCACCACCGCCUCGGCCGCUGCCCCCUCCAAAGACGCCAACACGCCCACCAACAGACUUACUGGGAGGGCACGACUGAGCGUAAAGGCGAGCUGGAUCAGUCUAAACUUUACCCAGUGGGGGGUUGAAACCUUUAUAACCUGUUUUCAGGGUCAUUCAUAAACAACCUUGGCGCAGUGGAUCAUACCAACAACCUUUCAGAGGGGAGGACGGAUCAAACCAUUCCGAAUCAAACAUUGAAUUUUGGAUAAAACAAGCCGACAUUUUCAGAGUGUUUGGAUCAGACGGGCUUCAGACGAUGGACAGGAAGUGACUGCCAAUAGACGCCAUCCUGACACCUUGUUUGUCCCGCCUACAUCCCUGCCUCCCCUUCCUGGCCAAUCAGCUCGCUCCGUGCUGAGUGAGGAGGAGUCAGAGACACUGAGAGACGGACUGUUUAUCAGCACUGAUGUUUUACUGUUUGAAUACUGAACCAGCUGUUUGUAUAGCGGGAAAUGUAAACACACACACACACACACACACACACACACACACACACACACACACACACACACAAACACACACACAUGGUAGCAGAGCAGCUGUACAGUAACCAUCUGUCAAUCAUGUGGAUGUCUCUGGAGUCAAAGGACAAGCUGUCGUUUUUAUUCCAGUCAGUGGAGCUCAGUCUGUACACACACACACACACACACACACACACACACACACGCACACACACACACACACACACACACACAUUCACAGGUAAACUUGGAGGGCAAACUAGAAAAAAAAUGCAUUUCUGAUUGUACUUUCCUUCCUGUGAGAGCGUCCAAUCUGAGCGUCACCUCUUUACUUUUUUUUAUAGUUUCCGUUUUAAUGGUAACCUUGUGUUUCUCAUCUUUAAUUGAUUUUAUGAUUUUUAUAAUUGAGUUCAAACAAUCCAUAAAGCGACCAAUCAUACUGAUCUAUAAACCAACAGAAGUGCUGAUAUUGAUUGUCGAUCCCACACAUUAUUGAUCAACAGUUCCCAGUCUGUAGGCUGCGUUCCAGAUGUGAAUCUGUUCCUGCACAUUUUUAACGGUUAAUGGUUUUAUUUCAGAGCAGUGCCUGGAGUUUGUGUUUGUUUUAUAAUUUUUAUAUCAUGUUUGCAUAGAAACUGUGCAGAAAGUGUUUCAAACCAGCAGCACCCGAGACAAAGAAAUGGUCAAUAGAAAUUAGAAAAAUGUGCAGGAGUGUGUGUGUGUGUGUGUGUGUGUGUGUGUGUGUGUGUGUGCAUGUGUGUGCAUGUGUGUGUGUGUGCGUCUGUGUGUGUGUGUGUGUGUGUGUUUAAUUGUUUGUCUGCUGUUUUUUUUUCUCCUCCCUCAGAUUCGUACCAGCAGAGCUCAGAUUAUCAGCAGGACGGAGACGACAGAUGAUGAUAUUAUUCUGAUGAUUCUAUCGUUCCUUGUUAUCGAUAACGGUGAUCUCAUUGUUCAUUGUGAUCGAUGGCGAUGAUUCUAUCGUUCAUUAUUAUUGAUAUUGACGUGUGGGUGACUGUAGGAGGGGUCCAGCCCUCUGAUGUUCAAUAUAUAGACACACGUUUGUAAUAAAAAAAACAUUCAAUGUAACAAAAAU